UACUUUGUUUACACUUCCGCCAUGCGUGAUGCUCGCAGAGGUGUCGUGGCAUCAGGGGGCGCUGUCUUCUAGUGUGACAAUUCGGUUUACCCGAUGCCCGUGUGGCUUUUGGUAUCUAUGACUACCGGCUAGCGGAAGACAUGCAGGUGGUUAGUGUCGGAGAGGAGUGAGUGACUACUGAGUUAAGUGGGCAGUUGACUUGGUUUGAAAAUCAGGAUGUCUUCUCCAAACAAAGCUAUUGAGCUGCAGUUACAGAUGAAAGAAAAUGCAGAAGAGUUGCAAGACUUUAUGAAGGAGCUGGAAACUUGGGAAAAGGAUAUCAAGAAAGUGGACGCUAAACUUAAUAAACAGACGGGUCUGGAUGAAGAGACACUACCACCAAUUAGAAACAAAGAUUAUAAGAAGAAGAAAAAGACCAAAAGCAAACUGCCAACUGAUAAAACAAACCACGAGGAGGUGAAAAAACCCAAGAUAAAACUGCUCGAUUAUGAAUACUGGGACAAGCUUGAUGUUGACAAAGCAUUAGAAGAGCUUGACAAAGAGGACAAUACUCAUGAAUCAAUGUCAGCAGAGUCAGAUUCUGGGGAUGAAGAUGGAAUAGCUAUAGACACCGAAAAAGCUCUUAGAGAGAAAGAAAAGGGGAAUAAUUAUUUCAAGAUGGGAAAGUAUGAUGAAGCCAUAGAGUGCUAUACAAAAGGCAUGAAUGCUGAUCCGUACAAUGCAGUAUUGCCUACAAACCGAGCAUCUGCGUUCUUUAGACUAAAGAAAUAUGCUGUAGCUGAAUCGGACUGCAAUCUGGCUAUUGCUUUGAAUCGAAAUUAUUCAAAAUCAUAUGCUCGCAGGGGAGCAGCUCGUCUUGCACUAAAGAAUCUGCAAGGGGCAAAGGAAGAUUACGAAAGAGUUUUAGAACUUGAUCCAAACAACUUUGAGGCUACAAAUGAACUUAAGAAAAUUAAUCAGCAAAUACAGCCUUCCUCCAAUAUACCACAAGAGAAAAAAGACACUAAAAAGCCAAAACCUGUUGAAAUGAGUGAAGAGGAGAUGAAGCAGCUAGAGACACAACGGCUGAAGCAACAAGCUAUUGUCCAGAAAGACCUGGGCAAUGCUUAUUUUAAAGAAGGCAAAUAUGAAGCUGCUAUUGAGUGCUACACUCAGGGCAUGUCUGCGGAUGGCACCAAUGCAUUACUUCCAGCAAACAGAGCCAUGGCAUAUCUGAAAAUCCAGAAAUAUAAAGAAGCAGAAGAAGACUGCACCCAGGCCAUAUCUCUGGACACUACAUAUGGAAAAGCUUUUGCUAGAAGAGGGACAGCCAGGUCAAUGCUUGGAAAGCUGAAGGAGGCGAAAGAUGAUUUUGAAAUGGUUUUAAAAUUGGAACCUGGAAACAAGCAAGCGGUGUCUGAACUGGCUAAGAUAUCUCAAGAGCUAGGUACAAGUGAUGUAAACGGCAACCAGCAACAAACUACAGUUAACAAUACAGGGAAUGAACAACGUAAAGUGUUAAUGGCAAUAAACAAACCAGAACAUUUGAGAUCUGCUAAACCUCUGAGAAGGAUGGUAAUAGAAGAAGUUGGAGGCCCAACAGAAAGUUCAAACAAUGCCUCUACUGGCAAACUGAAAGUUUUAGCAGAACCACUUGCGACCAAUCAAGACUCAAGUCAACCUAAAUUAAUUCCUGCAUCAUCAGAUAUUCCUACACCAAAAAUCCUUAAAAUGGAAGACAUCAGUGACACUCCAGUUACUCAGCCUCUGUCUGCUGUUAAAGUUCAAAAUGUAUCUCAAGCAGCAGCCCAAGUGAAAAGUGUUGAGUCAACUUUUACUACUGCAGCACCAAGUAUUGAGAUUCCUGGAGUUCCUGCAAAUUCUUUCCAGCUUGAAUCCGAUUUCAGAAGACUGAAAAGCAACCCUGAUUUACUUUACCAAUACCUGAAACAAAUUGAACCCUCCCUUUAUUCUAAACUGUUCCAAAAAGCUUUAGACCCAGAUGUAUUCAAUGAAAUUUUGAAAAUUCUUCGAGAUAAGUACAUUGGGAGAGAAGACGUAUCCCUUAUUGUAGAAAUCUUACAGGGGCUAUCAGAGCUGAGAAGAUUCGACAUGGCAGUAAUGUUUUUGUCACAAUCGGAAAAAGAAAUUGUUCAUGCUUUAUUUGCACACAUAGAACAAUCACAGACCAGUGAUUCCUUAAAUGCGCUGAAGAAGAAAUAUGGAAUAUGAAUAUUAUGUAUAUGACCAGAACAACAUGCAGUAUGCCAAAAUCCUUGAUUAACAUAGAAAUGCUGUGUCUUUUAUAAUAAACAUUACAUUUUUGAAAAA